AUGGUCGACGAGAAGACUCCACUGGAGCCUCCACCCGCAUACGAUGGCGAGAAGCGCUCGCCGUCACCAAAUCCGCCGACCGGUGCACGACCCAAUGGUCCACGACCGCCACUUCCCUUGGAACUGCCUGCCCUACAGAUGAUACGCGGGAAACGAGUUAUCCUCGCUUCAGCGUCGCCUCGAAGGAGACAACUACUCGGUCAGAUCGGCCUCACGAACCUCGAAAUUGUCCCCUCGACCCUCCCCGAGAACCUCUCGAAAUCCCUCCCACCCUUCGAAUACGUGCUCCAGACCGCCGAGCAGAAAGCUCGCCAUGUCUACACAUCCACAAUCGACGACACGGUCAAAGGCGAGCCGGUCCUAGUCAUAGCAGCCGAUACCGUCGUAGCGACGCACAUGGGUCAGAUCCUUGAAAAGCCUCGGUCAGAAAAGGAACACUUUGCCACGCUGCGCAUGCUGCGCGACCAGAAUUCUGGCUGGCAUAAAGUGUAUACUGCAGUCGUGGUCAUGGCGCCGUUGGACAGUCUGAUGGAUCCCGGGUAUGCAAUGGAGACAUGUGUGGAAGAGACGCAAGUCAAGUUCGAUGAGAAUGUGACCGACGAUUUGAUUAUGAGUUACGUGAAGACGAGGGAGGGCGCGGAUAAGGCGGGCGGGUAUGGCAUUCAGGGCGUGGGUAGUAUACUUGUGGAGAAGAUCGAGGGAACGUUUGAUAAUGUUGUUGGACUGCCGUUGAGGGCGACGUUACAGUUGAUUGAGAAGGUGGUUGUUGAGCCUGGUGUGCCGGAGGAGGUGGAGGAUUUGUGA